AUGCACCAUCCUAAAAAGUUGUACGAUAAAUCUCUCUUAUUUGACCAUUUCCAAUCCAAUUCACUCGAUCCAACGAGUUCCAAACGAAAAUCACAAUCAUCCGAACAUUUAGAUUUGAUUCUGCAAGCUUCUUUGAAUCAAUUGAGUCGAAUAUUGAAAAAGAAAUAUUUUUCAUCUGCUUCUUCUUCAUCGUUGAUUGCUUCCGGUUCACAGCAGCAUCAUGGUGAAUUCACAAACCAAAAACAUGGAGAUUUGACAACACAAAAGUGGCUGACAGGUCCUCAAGUGGUGGAAUAUGUCACUAAUCAAUUAAUAUUUCCUCAAUGCCUGAACUGUUCGUUGGUGCAUUUGGCAGCUCGAUAUAAUAAGGUGGAUAUUCUUCAUUGGUUGCAAUCGUGUUGUUGUGAUGAAAAGUGCUCCCAUCAUCAUCUUAACAACUCAAAUUCCCUUUCUCUGUUGUCCUCCCUUCAAAACAGUUCACAAGAAGAGUCACACCUCAACGAUGCCAGAUGUCAAAGUCAGCACUCGAAAGAAUGUCUUCUCAGACAAGAACAUUUAUGGUCUCUCCACGACUUGAAUAAUGCUACUCCGUUAUUUUACGCGUGCUUGGGUUCAAAGACCAGUGACCUUUCAAAUGUCAACUGUUCGGAUCAUUCCCUCAACGCUCUAGAUCCAGCCCAGACCAACCAAAACUCUUCAGGAUUGCAAAACAUGGACAUGGCCAUUGCUGACCAUGAAAGUGUUGUCUUUUUAUUGAGUCAACCUAUAGUGAAGGAAAAACAAUUGAACUAUCAUUUAGAUUCUCAUGGAAAUCAGCCAAUUGUCAUUGCGUUAAGAAAAAGAGAUUACGCAUUGUGUGAUUUAUUGAUCUUAUUUGGAGCAACACUCAAUGUAACCGUUGGGUUAGGCAUUGGUAUCAGUGAAUCACUUCUUCAUUUUGCCAUGAGAGAACGAGAUUUAAAACUUGUUCGAUAUAUUGGUUCACAAAGUCAAAAAACAAUUUUAAAGAGAAAUCAACGAGAUGAAAAUGCCUUAUUCGCAUGUCUUAGAGAUUUCAGAUCCAAUCAACACAACAGUUCAGGAAGAGUGAAUUCCAAUCUUUCCAUGCAUGCAGAAUUCUUUAAAGAAAUUCUCCAACAAGGUCCAUCUAUUUUUGGAAAUGAACAUUUCCACAAGGCACUCUUGUUGAAGAAUUCAUUUGGUCGAAAUUUACUGCAUGAAGCCAUUGUGUUGAAUGAUUUGGAAUGUAUGAAGGCUCUGUGUCAUUAUUUGGUGCUUUCCAAUCAACAGGUGUCUUCAAAUUCCUCGACGCCAGUGUCACAUUUCUCUCCGUCCGAAUUUUCUGACAGUUCCCUAUCUCUAAAUACCAAUUCGAGCUCUAGUAUACAAUCUAUUUCUCCAAAACUAGGAGCAACAAUUAAUAAGGGAAGGUCACCACGACCGAACCAGUCCUCACCGAACUUACUGGAAGCAAUGACAUUUGAUAUGGACAAGCAAGGAAACACCAUUUUACAUUCCAUGACACUUUCAGUCAUUAUGAACACUUCCUCACCAUUGGAUGAUUUCAUGUGGCUAUUCGAUGGCUUGCGUUGGAUUCUCUCAUGGAUGGAAAACACUUUUAAACCUUCCUUAUUAGAUUCUCCUUCAAGUUCACAUCCACCCAUUUCUAACUUUGCUCUCAAUGUUCGAAAUCAAGAACAUUUCACCAUUAUUGACCUCGUCCAUCAAGCUAGAAAAAAUAGCAACGACAAGAGCGAUUGGGCUCUCUCCGUUCUUUCUGAAAAAUUGAAAGAAACGUUCAAAAAGUGGAAAGAAAUGGAUUCUUCCGUUUGUUAUCAAACUGGCGUUGACCAAGAAGAAAGUGAUCAUUCAACAAUUUCCUAUUCUGUCUUGUCUACUGUUUCAUCGUCGAGUUCAAUGAUGAUGAAUGUAGCAGGAAAUGGCUCUCUGAGUGCAUUGUCGAUGAGUGAUUCCAAUUUGCCUUCUGUGAGUACAAGUUCGAAUGUUAAUCAUCACACAUCAGAGAAUCGAAUGGGUUCGCCUUUGGGAUCGAAAAAGUCCUUCUUGGAAUUCUUUAAAAAGUUCAAAAAACCAAAACAUGUAAUGCCUGCUUCGACACCUUCAUCCAAUGAUGAAUAA